ACACAACGCAAAUUCCAACCCUAACUCCUGUCUCCGUUCUUAACGCCCAACGCCAGCGACCCUCGUCCCGUCAACAACCCCGUCAACUCCCAGGUCCCGCCUUUAAACCUUCAAGAUGACUCACGAGAGCGUUUGGUACAGCCGGCCCCGCAAGUACGGCAAGGGCUCCCGCGAAUGCCGUGUCUGCUCCCACCGCGCCGGUCUGAUCCGCAAGUACGGAAUGAACAUCUGCCGUCAGUGCUUCCGUGAGAAGUCCACCGACAUCGGUUUCACCAAGGUUCGUUUCAAUUCCUCGCUCGACAGUCCCAUCCGAACCCAUUCGAAUAUCACACAAACACCUUCUUCCGACAUGAAAAUCCAAUCGACAAUCGACAAAUCUGCCACCACUAUCACUACCACUACACAUACACCCUGCAAAAGCACAACACUAACCACAAGUUUCUCAACCUACAGUACCGCUAAGCGACCAAAAAAACUGACUCCCUCCUCUCGAACUGUUCGCAUCCAUGAAAUCCAUCCACGCACCCGGCUCGACUACGGUAGCGUCCAGUGGAGCAAUGUUUCAGACGAGCUCAAAAAUGGCGUCUUUGAUGUUUUUCUCUCGCCCAGCCUUACUUGCCGCAUUGAAGGGCAGCAUUACAGGACAUCAGUCUUUACAACAGCAGGAAUCCUUCACCGAGAUAUUUCAAUCGAUAACACCAUGAUCAACGAAGAUAAAGAGAACCCUUCAUGGCCGUCAUUCUUGAUUGAUCUUGAUCUGGCCAUCAGAGAACAGCGAGUCGAUGUCUCGGGAGCAACUGGAAAGACCGGCACAAGGCCAUUCGUAGCAAUUGGCGUGCUUGGCGAGAAGCAUUCUUCUGGGUGCUCUUUUGGAUUUGCAUCCACUGCGAGGCGCCAGGCAAGGGACGAGUUGUUCCAUGGUUUGACCAAUGGAACUUUAUGGAUAUGA